AUAGCCUGCACUUGUUAGUGUGGAUCUAUGAUCAAUCACACAGCAUAGACGAGCAAGAAAACUAGAUGAAUCUAUAAUACUUAGUAGACCAUAGCACCAUACAAAGUAUGGUCGGUAUUGAUUUUUUUUCAGUAGGGUACGUUAACUCCAUACGAAGUGUUGUGCACAGAAGUCUGGCUGUAUUGAAGUAUUCCGUAGCAUGUCAAAACCACCAUCGUGUACUUGGUAGGAAUUUCUCCAGAAUUCUGGCUGCCAUGCAGUACUACAAUGCAUGAAUGGCCAUCGCCAGCGAAAAGGACACCUUUUCCCAUCGUUCUGGGUGUCGAUGUCCAGGGCCAAGGCUGAGACAAGUUUGUUAUCUAGCAAAACGACGUGGAACUUGGCAAUGUAGGAUUGUCGGGUAGUGUUUGAUUCGAUUCGACCAUGUCGACUUUCUCAUGAUUUUGCAUGGCUGAAAAAAAAACAGAGAUCAGUCGAAGCGCAAUGAACGAAGUUAUGGGAAACUUUCAGGCAAAUUUGCGUGGCGAGCGUGUUGGAUACCCCUAGAAUGUGGGAGCUGGGUGGACGUUGGACCCCACAAGGGUACGUGUUGGACAGACCGCAGGCGGUUCAUCGCGUCCAUCAGCCGCUGUCGUUGAAUGCAGUGCACCUGCGGGAAGUUUCUCCUUGCGCUUGUCGGUCACCCGUUUACAUGUACCUAGCUCUCACAGCCACUAGGGCCUAUUUCUCCAUCGUGUCACUGUCUACUUGCAGAUGAGGUACAUAUACACAUAUCGUCCUUUUGUUUUAGAAUAUUUAUUUGAAUCCAAGAAGUGCUCAUAAUCUGACAUUUAAUAUAUCCAUGGAGGAAGGAAAACAGAAUCGGACAACGGUGGAUCGAUAUUUAGUCGAGACGUUACACGACCAGAUACAAGACUAGUCACAAGACCCAGGGAAAUCACUGACAAAGGAACCCUAAUACAUUUAAAUACCUAUAGGCUACAGUGACUCGAAUUCAGACCGGAGGUCUUUAGUUGGCCUUGUGAUGAUCUUGAGGGGAUCUUACUGGAUCUUAACCGUAUAACACUGCAGUGGAUCGUAGAGGAUGUGACAUAGAAUGCAACGUAUCUAGUGAGAUAGCCAAUCAGAUGUCAAAGCGAUGACGUCACGUUCCAGGCUGUCCGUCCUCUUAGUGAUGGUUCUCCUCACGUUGCUGAGUGUCUUGGUCUACUUGCAGAGUCCAUUACAAAUAGGACUAGCCAAGCACAUGGCCGGAGAGAAGUUCCCGACACACCAGAGGCACGUGAGUGACGUUAUGAGAUCGACACUGUUACCCCAUCUGCUGAGGAAUAGCACGGGAAGGGCCAAUUCCUCUCUGACUGACUUGCACACAGUUCGGCCGACCGUUAGUUUUAUGGUCGCCAAACGUAAGGAAAUGAAGACUCGAAGGGACGUUCUUCGUAAGGCAUGUCAACACUACGGUAAACAGGUGUCUGGAGAUCUUAGGAAGCACCUGUCUGCAAACAUUUUUGUGGAUGAUGAGCACCGGGUCGUAUAUUGUGCCGUGCCGAAGAUAGCUUGCACAAGCUGGAAAAAAGUCUUCCUCGUGUUAAACAAAUCUUUCCAAAGCACUUCAGAAAUAUCACAGUAUUUCGCCAACCGCGACGGACAGAAGAUGCUGACUAGGUUGAAAGACCUUCCUCCAUCGGAAAUGAGCAGAGUGCUGAAAUCCUACGAUAAGUUUUUGUUUGCCCGGCACCCUUUCUCGCGCGUGCUGUCGGCGUUCCGGAACAAGCUGGCGCCGGAUUCGACUUUUGAAAGAGCCGGUGUGUGGCAGCGGACGGUCGGCAAUCGGAUUCUGGGCAUAUACCGGGAGAACCACCAGUCAAGUUCGGAUGGCUACGACCUGACCUUCGAGGAGUUCAUCCGGUACCUGACCGACCCGGCGGUCCCAUCCCAGACCUCCUCCAAUAAGCACUGGUCAAAGAUCUUUGAUCAGUGUCUGCCCUGUGACAUCGACUAUGACAUCAUUGGCAAGUUCGAGACGCUGAGGGAGGACAGUGAGUACAUCCUGCGGCUCAUCCACGCGGAGCAUGUGACAUUUCCAGGAUCUGAGUCGAGCAGUCCCACCGGCAGCUCAAACCAAACUAAGCUCGAGUCGUACUACAAAAACGUUCCACUUGUCGACCUGCAGAAUCUCUACAAGAGGUUUAGAGUUGAUUUCGAUCUGUUCGGUUAUGAUCCUCCCACUCUGGCAUUCAAGGGUAGUUAGCACUCGACAUCUGGCAUUCAAGGGUAGUUAGCACUCGACAUCUGGCAUUCAAGGGUAGUUAGCACUCGACAUCGUGUGUAACAUCCUUCAAACAGCACUGUGUGAUUUGGAAGAUUUGCUGCUGAAGACUUUACUACGUUAGAAAUUGCCUCGGUCAAGUCUGAUUCGCUCGACGAAACCUGUUCCGUUCUACAUGUGUGGUGCUCAAAGCGCUUUGUGCAAAUUAUUCCUGCCAGUUAUUGUCUUUGUUGAUAUUGGCUGUGAGAACAAGUUUAGAGAGUAGUUCGAGAUCAGGGCGAUUUUCCGACCCUCACAGACACCUAUUUGAACUCCUGAAUGGACAAAAGACAACCGCACAAUAGUAAAACAUCUUGCCUAAGAACACACGAACGAUGGUAGACCGUUACGUACCAUGGGUCAGUUUGUUUCACAUGGAUCUGGAUCUCGAUCAGUGAUCCUAACGCUGGUUCGCACCAUCCAUUAGGAGAGUUUUGGUGUCCGUAAACCAACAACGGAUCACGGAUCAUAAUCCAGAUCUGUGUGAAAUAAACACGGCCCAUAUAAACCGGAUCAUAACGUGUUGAUCCGUAUUGUGCGAACAAUGUAUACGUGUAUAUUAUUGUGCUAUACAGAGAAUAUAUUUUUAAAUACCGCUUUCAGAGAAAAGGGAGUAGUGUACGAGUAUCACAUGGGGAAUAUUUUUGACUAGGGCAUUCCAGUGGUCCAGUGUGGUUUUUUUUAUGCGAAGGACGUUCAUGUUGCAUUCCAGAAUAAUUUUGGUUGAAAUAUAUUGGACAUACAGUGACAUAUUGUACGCCACCUUCAUUUGUUGACAGGACAGAUCGUUGAAAUAAUCAAGCAGUGAUUUGUAGCUUUUUAUAACGACUUUCUUUUUUAAAUCAGAUAUUUAUACUUUAAUCAUAUGCAUAUUUUUGAGAAUCAUUUCCAACUUUGACCCUUUAGGGACAUGUUUGAUCUGGUUUCCUGACACAUCGCUUUAAACGAAACCAAGGGUUAGGUCGCCGCCGUCCAACGAUGUCCAAAAACUGAGUGCUUUCUGUCGACAUGUCGACGUUAUCAUUAGUUUUCGGCCGUUUUGGGUUGUAAAAUUGCUUUCUCCAACGACAAAGCGUAUGCCAUCGUGUUUGCCAGCCGAAACCUGUGGGAGCAAGCUUUUGUUUCACGAAAUUCUUGGUAGUGGGUUAAAUUCUUUGAGGUAGGCACUCAGACGAGGGCAUUCCAAGCCUUCCCGUGGUCAUGUGCCAUUAAUGGCGAUGAUUGCUAUCUGUAGGUAGUGCGGCUAGUCAGGGAACCAGACUAGUAUUGUGAGAUGGAAAUCUCACCGAUUUGACUCGACAGUUACAUUAACUGUACGUUUUAUGCAACCAAGUAAUGUACAUGUAAUCGGCUGACAUUUCAAAGUCCCGACUACCUGACAACGUUGUCUUCCACGUGACAUGUAUUCAUUGAAAGUAAUAGGAUCAAAUUUGGCACAAUGCAUUUAUUGAGGAAUUGUAUAUUUUUGGUGAAGACUAAAUUUUUAGUUAUUUAGCAGACCUGUUUUUUUUGUCGUAUGUUUAAAACGUUUAUGCUACACCGUAAUGCGAUGUAACUUUCUGACGGAAGUGGUUACAAUUACACCAUUACAGAACAAAUACUGACAGAAAGUGUGAAAGGGAAAA